UGAGUUUCAUUUCACUCUCCUUCCAUUCCACAAUCAUUUUUUCUCUCUUCUUUCUUCACACUAUAAUAUAUAUCUAUAUCUAUAUAUAUAUAUAUAUAUUUUCGUCAUCUCCUAUUGAGACGAAUCUCAAAAUUAUGAAAUGAUCAGGAUGCGAGUAACGAUCCAUCAACGGAUUCAAAUCGAUUCAGUACGAAACCCUAAUUUAUCGCUUGUCGUGUUCGGAUGCUGAACCUAUCGAAUUGAAUUCAAAUCUCGGUACGUAGCUGAUUGAUUGAUAUUCGUUGAGUUUUUGGUUCGAUCUUCGGUGUCUGAUCGAUCGGUGUUUCAGAUCGGAGAAAGAGACAAUGCCUUCGCAUGCGGAUCUGGACCGUCAGAUCGAGCAGUUGAUGGAUUGCAAGUCUCUGUCGGAGGCUGAGGUCCGGACGCUGUGCGAUCAAGCUAGGGCUAUACUUGUUGAGGAAUAUAAUGUGCAGCAGGUGAAGUGUCCGGUCACCGUGUGCGGUGAUAUUCAUGGCCAAUUCUAUGAUCUGAUCGAGCUGUUCCGGAUAGGAGGAAGUGCUCCGGACACCAAUUAUCUGUUCAUGGGCGACUACGUCGAUCGUGGGUACUAUUCAGUGGAGACUGUCACACUUUUAGUGGCUCUGAAAAUUCGUUAUAGAGAUAGAAUUGUAAUCCUUAGAGGAAAUCAUGAGAGCCGGCAAAUAACUCAAGUGUAUGGCUUUUAUGACGAAUGUUUGAGGAAGUAUGGAAAUGCCAACGUCUGGAAGUACUUUACCGACCUUUUUGAUUACCUACCCCUUACAGCACUUAUUGAAAGUCAGGUAUUCUGUUUGCAUGGAGGACUCUCACCAUCUUUGGAUACAUUAGAUAAUAUUCGCUCCUUGGACCGUAUACAGGAGGUUCCACAUGAAGGACCAAUGUGUGAUCUCUUGUGGUCUGAUCCAGAUGACCGGUGUGGGUGGGGAAUAUCUCCACGUGGAGCUGGCUAUACUUUUGGGCAGGACAUAGCAGCUCAAUUCAAUCACACCAAUGGGCUCAGUAUGAUCACGAGAGCUCACCAGCUUGUUAUGGAAGGUUACAAUUGGUGUCAGGACAAGAAUGUGGUGACAGUAUUUAGCGCUCCAAACUACUGUUACCGUUGCGGGAACAUGGCUGCAAUUCUGGAGAUUGGGGAGAACAUGGAACAGAAUUUCCUUCAAUUUGACCCAGCUCCGCGUCAGAUCGAGCCUGACGCCACACGCAAGACUCCCGAUUAUUUUUUGUGAUCUCGAUAUCGGUGUUUAUUUUUUCUCUAUAGAUGUGUCUCAAAUUCUGUUGUUUGAGAGUUGUUUUCCACAUCAUUCUUUUUUGUUUUGGAGUUUGCCUGCUGCUGGCCUCGAUUCCGUGCUCUCGAGACUCCCGGGAAGAAUCGAUUGAAGGCACCAACAAAACCUAUUGUAAAUUUCAAACGGAGGAAGCAGCAAUAACAUGGUAUAUUGUGUUUUGUAAUUUGACAAUUCAAGGUAGGGAAAGAAGAUUUUCAGAAUGGAUGCCAGUCACUUACCAUUUUCGCUGACAAGUGACUGAAAUGGUAAUAGAUUUAUAGGUCUUUGUUGAGGCAUAAAUUAUUAUUAUUAUUAUUUUUUUUCGUUGUUAGAUUGCUGUUACAUUAAUUUCACUAAUCUACGUUCCUCAUAUGCUAGUCAGUCCAGAUACUUUUGUUGUGCAUAGGAUGAUUGUAAUAAUAUUUUCUGGUCUGUUUGGGUUUA